UUGACGCUUGUGAUAUUAGCACAUUUGCUUAAAAAAAAUCCCCCUUGGAAAUCAAUGCCCCCAAGAUUUCCAAACUUUUAAAUUUUGAAAUACUGUAGAAUCUGUAGACCAAACAAGAAGUGCAGGCCCCUAAAACAACCAAUCACCCACACAGGUUUCAUUACAUUUCAUCAAUGCUAUCGUUCUGCCCCCUAUUGGUUUAUACAGGGUUAGCAUUGCGAAGCAUGUGACCUUCGUUGCAAUAGUAAAUUUAGAAAAUUGACGAGUUUUUGUCGGUCAUACUGAUUUCCUUUCCACAAAAGACACUCAUGUUGCGACGAUUAUCUUUGAUGUUAAAAACUUUGUGUUGAUUAGUCCACCAAUUAGAGAUACGGAAUGCUGCCCCGGUGAUCGCCGCGCCACCAGCGGUGAGCGCCAGUUAAUGCCUGGCAUUCGUAGCGACAACACGCUCGCGGAGAGGAUGAAAGCCGACAGAGAUUGUCCCGAAAUGUUACUGGCGAGAUUUUUAGAUGAUACAGAUCUGUUUAACCUGACCAUCGAAGACCCAUACCAAGAACAAAAUUCCCUCCUGAAAACCUUGAGCAUCGAAUCUCCACAGAGCUUGGAACAACCGUCAUCCAUUGUGUCAUUGCCCAGCAGUCCAGAGGCAUCCCCAGGAUCUGAAAGCAGCAGAAAGAGGAAACAAAAGAACCCCGUGGCAAGACACAAGAGAGAAUCUCAUAUAAAGGCAGAAUUGCGUAGGAGAUCAAAAAUUCAGCAUGGCUUUGGAGACCUGAAGACUCUCGUUCCAGCCAUUGAUGAUAGCCCAGGAAGCAGAGAGAGUAAAUCUGCCAUGUUGUUCAAAGCUGCCGAUUACUGCCGACAGCUCCAGGCUGAGCGUAUUCAAAUGCAGAAUGAGGGUGACGCUCUGCGUGCCGAAAUAGAGAUGCUGACCCAACAGACUAGCCAGUUGCAAGCCUUGCUUCCUGAGUCGGGUACUGAUGUUGGUGAAGAGUGUGCCAAGAGCUCUGCUGUAACAUCCAAGUCAAAUUUGGGGGCUAUGUACGAGGAACAUGUAAGAAGAGAAACUUACAGGAGUUGGAAAUAUUGGGUCUAUGGAAUGUUAAUGCGUCCAUUGUUUGACUCCUUCAACCAAACCGUGUCCACCAAGACCUGGAAUGAGUUCCGCUCUUCUGUAAUGGUCUGGUUGCAGAACCACUGCUCACUGGGGGGCAUGAGGGCAGUUGCACUUCAUACACUUCGUCAGCUGAGCACAAGUACGGCAGUGUUGACGAAGCCAGAAGAUUUUCCUGCAGAAUGUGUCCGUGGGGCCCUUGAGGAAUAUGCCAUGAGUUCAUGACCUGUCUUGAAGUGCUGUGCCACCUAUGGCGCAAAUCUGAGUGGACACUCAGAUGUGUAUAUAUUGUAGUGUACAUAAACAGCUGCCCUUUUGUAAAGAUGUAAAAUAAUAUAUUGAUUUUCAUAUGUAUUGCUUUAUCAAUGGAUUGUAUUUUUAUGACUUGAAUAAAGUAUUUUUGCAUUGCAGCAUCUUAAUUUGAUUUUGAAUGGUGUAAGUACAAUUGUUGUAAAAUAUGAAUUUCAAAUGAGGUAUUUUGGGAUGAGAGGCCAGAUAAUACUAUUUAUAAUUCCGGCUGCAGUACAGUUUUUGAAGUGGGUCAUAGGUCUAAAUG